CGUCCUCCUCCUUCGGCGUCCACCUUACUAUCCACAUUGGACAACUACGGCCUUCCUGCCAAGAUCUAUAGAGAUCCAUAUUAUUCCAAUGAAGCCGACGUCCCUGAGAAGCCAAGGGAAUACGCUGGUCUGGUAUAUCAUCUAAAGGGUGGGGAAGAUGUGGCCAAUCUGGAGGAAUGGCAAUGUGGAUCUUCGUGCGACUAUCCCGGAUUGCAAAAAUCGGAUAUGCCCCAAUUUGACCGUAUGGGUGUUGGGGGAUGGGAGUACGCGAGUUCUCCACCUAGCAGACGGGAAGUCGAGAAGUGGUUGAGAACGACAUCAGUGGGGCAUCGGUCGGCGAGGAGAGGGCGCGUCUCAGAGGCUGCUGGAUCAUCACAACAUAAUGUUACUAAGGCAAAGAAAGCUGUUAACAAUGCAGCCGAUGCAAACAGACGGGAGAGGCAAAAUAUGACUAUUCUUUCUUUCGAGAUAUUGGCCCUUUCUCGCGGGGACCUCGUCCCCGAUGCAGACGUCGAUGAGAUCGUCGUCGCAUUCUACUCUUUCCAAGGAGAGGACGAGGCAGCUGCCCCAACAACCGGAUUCAUCGCAGUGGAGGAUGUCCAAUUGGAACCGAAACGCCUCCGAGAUGUGACAAUAGAUUUCGUGCCGAACGAACUCGAGCUAUUGAAUCGGGUCGUAGACCAGGUGUCUGAAUAUGACCCUGAUAUCCUUGUUGGCUGGGAAAUACAAGCCUCGUCGUGGGGUUACUUAAAUGUUCGCGGUCGUGCAUAUGGUCUAGACAUUACCGAACUACUCUCCCGCGCCCCGGCCAGACGUGCAGGAGGGGGCAACCAUCAGUGGGGCCUAAGGACAACAUCCACCUUUAGCGUCGUUGGCCGCCAUGUUUUGAAUCUUUGGCGGAUCAUGCGAUCCGAGUAUACCCUGGCAAUUUACACCUUCGAGAACGUGGCUUUUAACGUGUUACACAAACGGAUACCGCAUUACGGCCAUCGCGUCUUGACCUCCUGGUUCAGGAGUAAUGUUCCAAACCACACAAUGCAAGCUUUGCGACAUAUGUCAAACCGUACUCUCCUGAACCUGGAAAUCCUAGAUCGGGCUGAGUUCAUCACCAAGACAGCCGAAUUUGCACGAAUAUUUGGGGUUGAUUUCUUCUCCGUUAUAAGCCGUGGAUCGCAGUUCAAAGUCGAAUCAUUUAUGUUUCGAAUAGCCAAGCCUGAAAGUUUUGUAUUAAUAUCACCGAGUAAACAAGAUGUCGGCAAGCAAAAUGCUGCAGAAUGCAUGCCACUGAUCAUGGAGCCUUUAUCUGCGUUUUACAACAGCCCUCUUGUAGUUUUAGAUUUCCAGUCACUGUAUCCAUCAAUCAUGAUCGCGUACAAUUAUUGCUACUCCACUUGCCUCGGUCGCGUCGUGGACUUCAAAGGCCGCAACAAGUUCGGCGUGUCUGAACUCCAUUUGCGCCCUGGCUUACUUGAUACCCUAAAGGAUCACAUCCAUAUUGCACCUAAUGGAAUGAUGUAUGUCAAGCCUGAAGUUCGCAAAGGACUCCUGGGCCGUAUGCUCACGGAGCUACUGGAAACACGAGUCAUGGUCAAGCAGGCCAUGAAGAGCGCAAAGGACGAUAAGAUACUGCGAAGGGUGCUUGACGCCCGUCAACUUGCUCUCAAAUUCAUAGCCAAUGUGACUUACGGCUACACGAGUGCGACAUAUUCUGGUAGGAUGCCAGCGGUUGAGAUCGCGGAUAGUAUAGUGCAGAGCGGACGAGAGACGCUAGAGAAGGCAAUCCGAAUAAUUGAUUCGACGAAGAAAUGGGGCGCGAGGGUUGUGUAUGGUGACACCGACUCCUUGUUCAUAUACCUCAGAGGCAAGACCAAGGAGCAAGCAUUCCGGAUCGGGCAUGACAUCGCCGAUACGAUAACCCGCGCGAAUCCAGCGCCUGUCAAGUUGAAGUUUGAGAAAGUAUACCUUCCAUGCGUUCUGAUGGCCAAGAAGAGAUACGUCGGCUUCAAGUACGAGAAUCCUGAUGACGUUGAACCCGUGUUUGACGCCAAGGGUAUCGAGACGGUCCGCAGAGAUGGAAUUCCUGCCCAGCGAAAGAUGACCGAGGACUGCUUGAGGAUCCUCUUCCAAACGCAAGAUCUGAGCAAGGUCAAAGAGUACUGCUGGCGAGCAUGGUCCGAUGUCCUGGAGAACAGGAUAUCUAUACAGGAUUUCAUCUUCGCGAAGGAGGUGAAAAUGGGGACCUACAGUGAGAAAGCUCCGCCCCCUCCGGGAGUAACCGUGGCAGCAAGACGGAUGAUGGAAGACGAGGCUAACGAGCCCCAGUAUGGGGAACGUGUCCGAUAUGUUAUUGUCAAAGGGGGUCCGCAUUCCAGGCUUGUAGACCGAGCCGUCGCGCCUGAGGAGCUUCUGGAUCAACGGCAUAAGCGAUUGGAUGCCAACUAUUACAUAUCUAACGUGCUGAUCCCUCCACUGGAACGUAUCUUCAAUCUCGUCGGCGCUGAUGUUCGCAGCUGGUACGACGAGAUGCCAAAGGCUAUCAAAGUUGACCCCAUCGACCCUUUAAUGCUGUCACCGAAGAAGAGGAGAGAUGCAACUCUGAAUAGGCUGAAGAUCGAGGAACAUUUCCAGAAUUCGGACUGUAUCGUCUGCGGAGCAUCGACUUCCGCCGGUCUCUGCGAGGACUGCGUGAUAGAUCCGCAACCGACAAUCACCUCUCUCCUGUCACAGGUCAGGGCAGCCGAGCGGCGACUGAAGGAUGCACAUGAAGUUUGCAGUUCUUGUGCCCUGUCACCUCGAGGAGAGCCCAUUCUGUGCGAUUCUUUGGAUUGCUCGUGGUUGUUCGAGAGG